AUGCCCAUGUGCGGUGGAACAAAGUCUGUGCAGCGCAAGCUGGUGCUGCUCGGUGACGGUGCAUGCGGCAAGACCUCAUUACUUAAUGUAUUCACAAGAGGUUACUUUCCAACAGUAUACGAGCCUACAGUAUUUGAGAACUACGUACACGAUAUCUACAUCGACAACACACACGUCGAGCUUAGUUUAUGGGAUACCGCUGGACAGGAAGAAUUCGACAGGCUACGAUCGCUGAGCUACGAUGACACCCACGCGAUCAUGCUUUGCUUUUCGGUCGAUUCACCAGACUCGCUCGAGAACGUAGAAACGAAAUGGGUCGGCGAGAUAGCAGAGAACUGCCCUGGUGUUAAGCUCGUUCUGGUUGCACUCAAGUGUGACCUGCGGAAAAAAGAAGAUGACGACGCGGAUGACCAACAGCCCGAGAAGCCAUGUAUCGACUAUAAUGAGGGUCUUCGCGUAGCAGAGAAGAUCAAGGCUCUGCGGUACCUGGAAUGCUCUGCCAUGAAGAACCGAGGUGUCAACGAGGCUUUUACCGAAGCCGCCCGUGUGGCUCUGCAAGUCAAGACUAGCAAAGAUAAGAGCGGCGGUUGCACCAUCCUAUAG